CUCGGGCUGGACAUGGAGGAGCUGGAGGAGAUCGAGGAGGAUGCCGGGCUGGGCAACGGCGGGCUCGGCAGGCUGGCUGGUGAGCGAACCCCAAAAAAUGGUCUUGUUGCCGGGAUGGUGGAAGAAGCCGACGACUGGCUCCGGCACGGCAACCCCUGGGAGAAAGCCCGUCCCGAGUACAUGCUGCCCGUGCAUUUCUACGGCCGCCUGGAGCAAACUGCCACCGGCACCAAGUGGGUCGACACCCAGGUGGUGCUGGCGCUGCCCUACGACACCCCCGUGCCCGGGUACAUGAACAACACCGUCAACACCAUGCGCCUGUGGUCGGCUCGGGCACCCAAUGACUUCAACCUGCGCGACUUCAACGUCGGAGACUACAUCCAGGCUGUGCUGGACAGGAACCUGGCGGAGAACAUAUCCCGUGUCCUCUACCCCAAUGACAACUUCUUCGAGGGCAAGGAGCUGCGGCUGAAGCAGGAGUACUUUGUCGUGGCUGCCACCCUCCAGGACAUCAUACGCCGCUUCAAAGCAUCCAAAUUCGGGAGCACGGACAGUGUCCGAACCGUGUUUGAUUCCUUCCCAGACCAGGUCGCCAUCCAGCUGAACGACACGCACCCCGCCAUGGCCAUCCCUGAGCUGAUGAGGAUUUUCGUGGACAUCGAGAAGCUGCCGUGGAACAAGGCCUGGGACAUCACCAAGCAGACCUUCGCCUACACCAACCACACGGUUCUCCCCGAAGCCCUGGAGCGCUGGCCGGUGGACCUGGUGGAGAAGCUGCUGCCCAGGCACCUGCAGAUCAUCUACGAGAUCAACCAGAGACACCUGGAUCACAUCGCGUUCCUCUUCCCCAACAACGUGGACCGGCUGCGGAGGAUGUCCCUGAUCGAGGAAGGAGGCACCAAGAGGAUCAACAUGGCCCAUCUCUGCAUCGUCGGAUCCCACGCUGUCAACGGCGUGGCGAAGAUCCACUCCGAAAUAGUCAAGACUCAAGUCUUCAAGGACUUUGCAGAGCUGGAGCCAGAGAAAUUUCAGAACAAAACCAACGGCAUCACCCCGCGGCGCUGGCGCCUGCUCUUCAACCCGGGGCUGGCGGAGCUCAUCGCGGAGAAAAUAGGGGAGGACUACGUGCGGGACCUGAGCCAGCUGACCAAGCUGCACGAGUUUGUGGAUGACGACCUCUUCAUCCGAGAGGUGGCCAAAGUGAAGCAGGAGAACAAGGUGAAGUUCGCGCAGUACCUGGAGAAGGAGUACAAGGUGAAGAUCAACCCUUCCGCCAUGUUCGACGUGCACGUGAAGAGGAUCCACGAGUACAAGCGGCAGCUGAUGAACUGCCUGCACAUCGUCACCAUGUACAACCGCAUCAGGAGGGACCCUGCGAAGCUGUUCGUGCCGAGGACGGUGAUCAUCGGGGGCAAGGCUGCCCCAGGAUAUCACAUGGCUAAAAUGAUCAUCAAGCUCAUUAACGCAGUGGCUCAGGUGGUGAACAACGACCCCGUUGUGGGGAACAAGCUGAAGGUCAUCUUCCUGGAGAACUACAGGGUCUCUCUGGCAGAGAAAGUGAUCCCUGCUACCGACCUGUCGGAGCAGAUCUCCACGGCAGGCACCGAGGCGUCGGGUACGGGGAACAUGAAGUUCAUGCUGAACGGGGCUCUGACCAUCGGCACCAUGGAUGGAGCCAACGUGGAAAUGGCCGAGGAGGCGGGAGAGGAAAACCUCUUCAUCUUCGGCAUGAGGGUGGAGGAUGUCACGGAGCUGGACAGGGCAGGGUACAAAGCCCAGGAGUACUAUGACCGGCUCCCGGAGUUGAAGCAAGCCAUUGACCAAAUCAAGAGCGGCUUCUUCUCCCCAAAGGAGCCUGACCUCUUCAAAGACGUGGUCAACAUGCUCUUCCACCACGACCGGUUUAAAGUUUUUGCAGACUAUGAGCCUUACGUCAAAUGCCAGGAGAAGGUCAGCGAGCUGUACCUGAACUCCAAGGCGUGGACCAAGAUGGUCAUCAGGAACAUCGCAGCAGCCGGCAAGUUCUCCAGCGACCGCACCAUCAAGGAGUACGCCCGGGACAUCUGGCACGUGGAACCCUCUGAUCUGAAGAUCCCACCGCCCAACGAGCCCCGGGACGCGGCCGAGGACAAGACCCCCAACGGCACAGCGGCGUAG